AUGCUCGCCAUUAGAGUCACCUCCAUCUCCCUCAAUCUACACGCUUCGACUUCAGCUACACGCCUCUCUCAUCUCGCCCCCUCGAUUUUAACGAAAUUUCAAUUUAGGCCCUUCUGGAGCGUUUCUUCAGCGUUCACGCCCCUCUCGGCCCGAAGAUCAUCUCCAUCAGCCCGCAAUAUGGCUUACGCAACUGCUCGGGCCACACUUGGCCUCACUCAACCCAAUAAGAUCGACCCGCCAAAGAUCGCAUUCACUGCAAAAGAGAUUGAUUUGGUUGAAUGGAAAGGGGACAUACUUGCCGUUGGCGUGACCGAAAAGGACAUGGCGAAAGAUGAAAAUUCAAAAUUUAAGAAUCCAAUCCUCCAAAAGCUCGAUACACAUUUAGGGGGAUUGCUCUCAGAAGCCUCGUCUGAGGAGGAUUUUACUGGGAAAUCCGGACAGUUGACACUUCUGAGGCUUCCUGGCUUUGGUUCGAAAAGAAUAGGUCUGAUCGGGCUCGGUUCAACAGUUACACCGGCUGUGACUUACCGCAGUCUAGGAGAGGCUGUUGCUUUAGCGGCCAAGUCGUCGCAGGCGAGCAAUGUGGCCAUUGCAGUUGCUUCAUCUGAGGUCAUCCCUGCAGAAUUAAAGCAGAGUACAGCCUCAGCAAUAGCUGCUGGGGCUGUUUUGGGGACUUUUGAUGAUAACAGAUUUAAGUCGGAAUCGAAGCUCCCGUCUCUUAAGUCGGUGGAUAUUCUUGGGCUUGGUACUGGGCCUGAGAUAGAGAAAAAACUCAAAUACGCCGGUGAUGUUUGCUCUGGUAUCAUCUUUGGAAAGGAGCUUGUAAAUGCACCGGCCAAUGUACUCACUCCUGGAGUACUAGCAGGCGAAGCCAAAAGGAUUGCUUUGGAGCACAGUGAUGUAUUGACUGCAAAAAUAUUAGAUGUGGAACAGUGCAAAGAAUUGAAAAUGGGUUCGUAUUUGGGUGUGGCAGCAGCUUCUGCCAAUCCUCCUCAUUUUAUCCAUCUUUGUUACAAGCCGCCUGGUGGACAAGUGAAAACCAAGCUGGCCUUAGUUGGAAAAGGCUUGACUUUCGACAGUGGUGGCUACAAUAUCAAGACGGGGCCUGGCUGUUCUAUUGAACUCAUGAAGUUUGAUAUGGGCGGCUCAGCUGCAGUGCUAGGCGCAGCAAAAGCUCUUGGUCAGAUCAAGCCUGCUGGAGUAGAGGUUCACUUCAUUGUUGCUGCUUGUGAAAAUAUGAUAAGUGGAACGGGCAUGAGACCUGGAGACAUCAUUACUGCAUCGAAUGGGAAGACGAUUGAGGUUAACAAUACAGAUGCUGAAGGUAGACUCACACUUGCGGAUGCACUGGUAUAUGCUUGUAAUCAAGGAGUAGAUAAGAUUGUCGAUCUGGCUACACUGACUGGGGCCUGUGUUGUUGGUCUUGGGCCCUCUAUUGCUGGUGUAUUUACGCCAAGCGAUGAGCUAGCAAAAGAAGUACUUGGAGCUUCAGAGGUUAGUGGGGAAAAGCUAUGGAGGUUGCCAUUGGAGGAAAGUUACUGGGAAUCAAUGAAAUCAGGAGUGGCUGAUAUGGUCAACACAGGUGGCCGUCAAGGUGGGGCAAUCACAGCUGCUCUUUUCUUGAAGCAGUUUGUGGAUGAGAAGGUGCAGUGGAUGCACAUAGACAUGGCUGGCCCAGUUUGGAACGAUAAAAAGAAAAACGCAACUGGAUUUGGAGUUCAUACCCUUGUUGAGUGGGUCCUAAAGAACUCUAAUUAA